GCGCCACCAUCAGCUGAUCCUCCCCGCCAGUGUCGCUCGGGUCUCUCCUGUGAACGUGUCGGCGGACCGCCUCACACCCUAUCUUUCAUGCCGUUCCAAAUUGAAAUCGAACGCGAUAUGGAGGAGGAGGAUCUCCGUAUCAGUGUGGUGGACGUUUACGACCUGGCGUCGGAGAUCGGCAAGGAAUUCGAGAAGAUGAUAGACAGGAACGGGGCGGAGGCGGUGACGGGGCUGAUGCCGAGAGUGAUCAGCGCCCUGGAGCAGCUGGAGAAGCUGGCCUCCAGGCACGAGUCCACCUCCUCCUAUAUACAGGAGCUGAGGACCACCAUCAUCCACCUGGAGAACGAGAAGAUCGGCAAGGCGGAGGACAGGCAGCGCUACGAGAGGGAACUGGAGGACAUUGAGGAGCGACUGCGGGAGGAGAGCCAUGAGCUGGUGGAGAUGGUGUCGCGCCUUCAGGAUGAAAACCGCAAGUUGUCGUCCUCCCUGGCCAAGACUGAGGGCACCCUCAUCCACUCCAACGGGGCUACGCCAGAGAUAGACCUGAAGGUGGUGACGCGCCUUCAGGAGGUCAUUGAGGCACAGAGGGAGCAGCUCCACAAGACUGAAAACGAAUGUCAUCUUAAGACCACGGAACUCGACAAUUUAAAGUCACAGCUAGAGAAGGUCAACCAUGUAAAUCGGGAGCUCCGGCGGCGGCAGAGGACCAACAAUACACAGAUGCGAUCCUUGAUUGACGAGAGGGCCGAGCUGCAGGCAGCCCUGCAGGAAGAGACCCGGACAGUGACGGUGCUCAGACAACGACUGGGUCUGGCACAGAAAGAAAAUGAGGAUCUUGCUUGUUCCAGUAGUGACAGCUUGGACCUGACUAACAAGUUGGUGUUUGAUCGUGAUGAUCCUAACCGACCCCGAUUCACAAUGACGGAGCUCAAGGAGAUCCUCUACGAGCGCAACGAACUCAAAGCCCGUGUAUCUGACCUGGAAGAUGAACUGGAAAUGUACAGGCCCAAGGAUGAGCGACAGCGCAGCCACAUAAUCUGCCCCCCGGUAGAGAUGCUGGAAGCUGAGGGGGGGCUCCAGCCUCCUACAGACCCCCUCACACCCCCCCUCUCUCUCUCCGACUCACUUUCCACCGAGAUGCAAGAUGCAGCAGAGGAUGACGAGGAGGAGGAGCCCCCGGUGCAAGGCCCACUGCCCUACGAACCCGAUGAUGCUCCCUGGAAGAGGGGCGAGUCUGGCAUUAGGAAGUUUUUCCGUCGGCUCUUUGGCGAUGAUGAGACAAGCUCAGGAACAAGCCCCAAGAGGAACUUGCUCGGCCUGGGACGUCCAUGAAUAUUGCUGUGGAUCCAAUGUAAAUGGUGCUGAUUCUGGGGCAGCA